AUGGGGUCUCUCCGAGAAGGCAAAACCUCAGAGGAGAAAGACCAGUACAUUUCUGGCUUGAAGCAAAUCAUCAAUGACAUGCGGCGUGACAAGGUGAAAGACUUUAACACCGUGGCGACAGAAAUUGCCGCAUAUCGUAGACGCUUCCUUCACGAUCCAACGCGGGUCCUGCCCUUGUAA